AUGGUAAGGAAGAAUUCCUCAUGCACAUAAUAAUUUAUUAUUAUUGAGUAUUCAUCAGCCCAUACUGCCAUACAUUUCAAGAUAUACAUUAAAGGUGCUAUAGGAUUUUUCCCCAAAAAAUAUAUCUGCCGCUAAUAGUGGGAUGAUAGUGUUUCACAGUAUUACUUACCCACCAGUGUUGUGAUUGGCUGUGAUAUUCACCUAUUGAUUUCUCCCUCCGGAGCAGCAUCUGUUGUCAAAAUGGGAAAAGCUGUUCUGACUUUGUGGCUCUGUUAUCAAAUGCAAAUCGCUCUGUCAUUUCCUGGCUGCUAAAAUUCUACACUGGUCGCUCAAUUUCAGUUUAUGUGAGACAACAAGCACUGAAUAGUGUAGGGUGUCAUUGUACCAUCUAAAUCACUGUGAAAUACACUGCUCAAAACAAUAAAGGGAACACUAAAAUAACACAUCCUAGAUCUGAAUGAAUGAAAUAAUCUUAUUAAAUACUUUUUUCUUUACAUAGUUGAAUGUGCUGACAACAAAAUCACAUAAAAAUUAUCAAUGGAAAUCAAAUUUAGCAACCCAUGGAGGUCUGGAUUUGGAGUCACCCUCAAAAUUUAAAGUGGAAAACCACACUACAGGCUGAUCCAACUUUGAUGUAAUGUCCUUAAAACAAGUCAAAAUGAGGCUCAGUAGUGUGUGUGGCCUCCACGUGCCUGUAUGACCUCCCUACAACGCCUGGGCAUGCUCCUGAUGAGGUGGCGGAUGGUCUCCUGAGGGAUCUCCUCCCAGACCUGGACUAAAGCAUCCACCAACUCCUGGACAGUCUGUGGUGCAACGUGGCAUUGGUGGAUGGAGCGAGACAUGAUGUCCCAGAUGUGCUCAAUUGGAUUCAGGUCUGGGGAACGGGCGGGCCAGUCCAUAGCAUCAAUGCCUUCCUCUUGCAGGAACUGCUGACACACUCCAGCCACAUGAGGUCUAGCAUUGUCUUGUUGGAGGAACCCAGGGCCAACCGCACCAGGAUAUGGUCUCACAAGGGGUCUGAGGAUCUCAUCUCGGUACCUAAUGGCAGUCAGGCUACCUCUGGCGAGCACAUGGAGGGCUGUGCGGCCCCCCUACCUAAUAACUGUACAUAAGUGGGAUUGACACCAUCUGAGCAAGACAGAAAUUACAGACAGGUAGAACACUGUUGUAACAUAAUACAAUACACUUUAAUAUACAAUACAUUUGCAUCUAUAGUAUAUUAAAAUAUGCCUUGACUUUGACAAAUGUAUUGCUCAUAGAAAUCAAAAGAUAUGUAGUUGAUUCAUAUACAGUACCUAACAUGCAGUACUUGAGUUAAAAUACUAUACUGAACAAAAAUAUAAAUGCAACAUGUAAAGUGUUGGUCCCAUGUUUCAUGAGCUGAAAUAAAAGAUCCCAGAAAUGUUCCAAACGCACAAAAAGCUUAUUUCUCUCAAAUGUUGUGCACAAAUUUGUUUACAUCCCUGUUAGUGAGCAUUUCUCCUUUGUCAAGAUAAUCCAUUCACCUGACAGGUGUGGCAUAUCAAGAAGCUGAUUGAACAGCAUGAUCAUUACACAGGUGCACCUUAUACUGGGGACAAUAAAAGGCCACUCUAAAAUCUGCAGUUUUGUCACACAACACAAUGCCACAGAUGUCUCAAGUUUUGAGGGUGCGUGCAAUUGGCAUGCUGACUGCAGGAAUGUUCACUAGAACUGUUGCCAGAGAAUUGAAUGUUCAUUUCUUUACCAUAAGCCGCCUCCAAUAUCAUUUUAGAGAAUUUGGCAGUACGUCCAACCGACCUUACAACCACAGACCACAUGUAACCAUGCCAGCCCAGGACCUCCACAUCCGGCUUCUUUACCUGCGGGAUCGUCUGAGACCAGCCACCCAGACAGCUGAUGAAACUGAGGAGUAUUUCUGUCUUUAAUAAAAACUAAUCCUGAUUGGCUGGGCUUGGCUCCCCAGUGGAUGGGCCUAUGCCCUCCCAGGCCCACCCAUGGCUGCAUCUCUGCCCAGUCAUGUGAAAUCCAUAGAUUAGGGCCUGAUGGAUUUAUUUCAACCGACUGAUUUCCUUAUAUGAACUGUAACUUAGUAAAAUCGUUGAAAUUGUUGCAUGUUGCGUUUACUUUUGCUCAGUAUAUUUAGGGUAUUUCAAUUACUUUCAAAGACAUUUGAAAAUAGCAUUUGAAAUAAGUAUUUGAAAAUACUUUCAAAUAGUAGGCUAUUUAAAUGAAAUUAUUUAAAAAUACUUUCAAAUACUUCCAAUAGAAGUAGUUUAUUCAGGCCACAUUAUUUGAAAAUACUAUAACUAUUUAAAUAACAAAUAAUGAAAUACACAUGUAUUUCAACCCAGGUCUGAUACCUGCUCAAAAAAAUAAAGGGAACACUAAAAUAACACAUCCUAGAUCUGAAUGAAUGAAAUAAUCUUAUUAAAUACUUUUUUCUUUACAUAGUUGAAUGUGCUGACAACAAAAUCACACACAAAUUAUCAAUGGAAAUCAAAUGUAUCAACCCAUGGAGGUCUGGAUUUGGAGUCACCCUCAAAAUUAAAGUGGAAAAUCACAUUACAGGCUGAUCCAACUUUGAUGUAAUGUCCUUAAAACAAGUCAAAAUGAGGCUCAGUAGUGUGUGUGGCCUCCACGUGCCUGUAUGACCUCCCUACAACGCCUGGGCAUGCUCCUGAUGAGGUGGCAGAUGGUCUCCUGAGGGAUCUCCUCCCAGACCUGGACUAAAGCAUCCGCCAAUUCCUGGACAGUCUGUGGUGCAACGUGGCGUUGGUGGAUGGAGCGAGACAUGAUGUCCCAGAUGUGCUCAAUUGGAUUCAGGUCUGGGGAACGGGCGGGCCAGUCCAUAGCAUCAAUGCCUUCCUCUUGCAGGAACUGCUGACACACUCCAGCCACAUGAGGUCUAGCAUUGUCUUUCAUUAGGAGGAACCCAGGGCCAACCGCACCAGCAUAUGAUCUCACAAGGGGUCUGAGGAUCUCAUCUCGGUACCUAAUGGCAGUCAGGCUACCUCUGGCGAGCACAUGGAGGGCUGUGCGGCCCCCCAAAGAAAUGCCACCCCACACCAUGACUGACCCACUGCCAAACCGGUCAUGCUGGAGGAUGUUGCAGGCAGCAGAACGUUCUCCACGGCGUCUCCAGACUCUGUCACGGCUGUCACAUGUGCUCAGUGUGAACCUGCUUUCAUCUGUGAAGAGCACAGGGCGCCAGUGGCGAAUUUGCCAAUCUUGGUGUUCUCUGGCAAAUGCCAAACGUCCUGCACGGCGUUGGGCCCCCACCUGUGGACGUCGGGCCCUCAUACCACCCUCAUGGAGUCUGUUUCUGACCGUUUGAGCAGACACAUGCACAUUUGUGGCCUGCUGGAGGUCAUUUUGCAGGGCUCUGGCAGUGCUCCUCCUGCUCCUCCUUGCACAAAGGCGGAGGUAGCAGUCCUGCUGCUGAGUUGUUGCCCUCCUACGGCCUCCUCCACGUCUCCUGAUGUACUGGCCUGUCUCCUGGUCGCGCCUCCAUGCUCUGGAUACUAUGCUGACAGACACAGCAAACCUUCUUGCCACAGCUCGCAUUGAUGUGCCAUCCUGGAUGAGCUGCACUACCUGAGCCACUUGUGUGGGUUGAAGACUCCGUCUCAUUCUACCAAUAGAGUGAAAGCACCGCCAGCAUUCAAAAGUGACCAAAACAUCAGCCAGGAAGCAUAGGAACUGAGAAGUGGUCUGUGGUCACCACCUGCAAAACCAGUCCUUUAUUGGGGGUGUCUUGCUAAUUGCCUAUAAUUUCCACCUGUUGUCUAUUCCAUUUGCACAACAGCAUGUGAAAUGUAUUGUCAAUCAGUGUUGCUUCCUAAGUGGACAGUUUGAUUUCACAGAAGUGUGAUUGACUUGGAGUUACAUUGUGUUGUUUAAGUGUUCCCUUUAUUUUUUUGAGCAGUGUAUAUUUUCAAUAACAAAACAUAUUGUUUUUUCAGUUGUUUGAAGCUGGUCCACCAGCUUCAAACUGCAGUUUUGGUCCACCAGCUUCAAACAGCUGUAAAAAUGAUAUUUUCUGUUAUUGAAAAGAUAUUUCACAACAAUAUAUUAUGGAUAAUUACUGAAAUUACAAUGCAAAAAUUAAACAACAAAAUCCUAUGUGUAGCACUGAUAAGCAAGAAUCCCUAACACAUUUUCUUUAUAGUACCCUGUUGAUCAUGGCUUGCUUUAGGUUCAGCUUACAGAGCAGGUUAAACUCCAUAAGGAACUGCCUCUCAGUUUGGUAUAUCUCCCUCCCUCUCCUCUAGACCCUGAAUGCCAACAACAAGUAUGUCAUCACAGCUGACCACAAUGAGAAUAUCAGGGUCAGUCAGCCACCUGAAGUCCCCACACAACAUCCAGGCAUUCUGCCUGAGACACUUAGUGAGUACGGCUGGCGUACCUGUCAGAGAAUGGCCACGAGAAAGAGACAGAAUUUAACAUUAAUUAAUGCUUAAGCAGUUGGUUAACACUGCCAUUUCUUGACAUUUAACAUGUUUUUCUCCAUAGGUUUGUCAGUUCUCUAUUGGCCCCACCAGGACAUCCGCAGUGUCUACUCUCUGGAUCAGGGGGGAGAUUUAGACGAACUGCUAGACGCAUCAAUGAAUUGAGUUCUUCGACUUAAAGGGGAAAUCUGUGAUUGCUACAUACAUUUUUUGACUUUUAAAUUCAUGAUAUAUACCCAUUGAUUCUUGAAUAAUAUAACGUAUAAAUGCUUCAUGAGCUUAGUUCCAUUUUGUUACCCCAUCAAAACCCAAUAUAUAAGAUUUCUCUAGACUAGCUGCAGUUGUACUGAUACAGAUGAAGCUCUACUACUGCACUAAAAAAACAUUUUCAAUGGAGACUAGUGUGUCUGACUGGGCUGGUGUGUGUUGACAGGAUGGGACCAUAAAGCUGUGGGAGUUUAAGUGAAGCCGGAGGCUCCAGAGCUGGAACCUGAAGUAGCUGAGGGACAUGCCGAACUCUGAUACAGAUACAGAAAAGGUGAUCACUUUACUUCUCACAUUAACCGAGCCACUCACAUUGAUACAUGAAGGAGUCCUUUCUCUUCUGAGUGUGUUACUUAUGCCAUUCACAGUCACACACAUACUGAAUAGCUAUCCUCCUCCUCACUCAUACCAAGCUUCAAUCCAUAGAGCUCACUGUUUAUAGUUCACUGCACCCUCCAUGUAUAUGGCUGUUUCCUAUAUAGGAUGGCAUUCCUUUCUUAGACAGUUUAUUAUGGCUACACCAGCUGUGCUGUUUUGUGCUGGGUGGCAGGUCACAGAUUUUCCCCUGAGCCAUGUUAUGUUUGUGACAUCUUAAUCUCUGCCUUUGUUCCCAGAGGUCUGCGGUCGCUGGCUCCCCUGGUGGACGUCAUGUGACAGUGCAGUGUGAGAGGUCAGCGUUCUCCUCACAGACUACAAUUUUUAGUAAUGUAUACCCUGUUUUGUUGAAAGAUAUACCUAGAUGACACAUGCUUUGUAUGAAUGGAAACUGGGAUGUAAUGUUUGCCAUGAGUUUUACAGAGUUCCCUCAGUGCAGCUGUUUGGGAUGGACUAGGUGGCAGAGGAGCAGCUGGUGCCCUCCAGCAGCUGGAAGGUACAGGUGUAGAGCAAAUACUUGACUUAAAAACCACAAGAUUAUACAGUACUGGUUUAGUAAACACACACAAACAACAAGAUUUGGCUUGUAUCUCUUAUACUCUCACUGUGUUGUUUGUACUGUUCACAGAGCCCCGGUGUUGUUUGUACUGUUCACAGAGCCCCGGUGUUGUUUGUACUGUUCACAGAGCCCCGGUGUUGUUUGUACUGUUCACAGAGCCCCGGUGUUGUUUGUACUGUUCACAGAGCCCCGGUGUUGUUUGUACUGUUCACAGAGCCCCGGUGUUGUUUGUAUUCUGCAGUGCAACAGUGAAAGCCCGGAGUUGAAGAGAGUGACAGAAACCCUUCAGCCACAUUGGGAGGCACGUCAGGGUGAGUCAUCACACACACACACACAAAUUACCACAUCGCCCCCUCAUCAUCCUCCUCCUCCCUCAGUAAAGAGCAGAACUAACCUGCGGUGUGUAUGCACUCUGCUCCCUUUCUGCCUCCUAAUGUUCCCCUGAGCUAAGUAAUUCUAAUGCAAAGUAGUCAGACUUAGAGGAGACUUUACAUUCACAUUUGUUUUUUACUCUUUUGUUAUUUAGCGGAUGCUCAGAAAUACCUGCAACAUAAACUUGAAUCUAGGCUUAGAACGAAGGGGUUUGACAUUAUAAUAGUAAUCCACCACCUGAACUGUGCUACAAUCCCUUUCACUGUCUCUGAUCCUGCUCCUCCCUCCUGUUUCUCAUCACAACAGUCUCAGCAGGGUUAGAGAGUCGGUUCCAGCACCAGUACAAGGUCAGCUUUGACAACAUGGCGUCCUACAGAGAGAAGAAGAAGCAGAGGCUCCAACAGCAGAAUGAACACUGGGGCAAGAAGAGGGGACCAGGGAAUGGACAGCAGUCCAAUGCAGCCAGUAAGAAAGCCAAGAAAGGCAACAAGUCAGAGCCAGUGCUCCAUGCCUCUAGCUGA